AUGUGGGUGAAGAAUAAGGAAAACAAGUGUUUUCCUCCCGGUCCUCCACCGGUGUAUAGAGUGGUCUUUGUACCAGCUCCGGAGCAAAAAUCUGACUGCCCAGGUAUUCCGUCUCAGGGGCGCCUAGGAGCUUCACGGGUCCUAGAGGUGGUCCUGAAAACGGGGGCAUACACCGCCUGCGGGGCGCUUGACGCUGGGGCUGAGAGCUGGGCUGUUUGCAGCAGAGCUGCCUGGUUUAGUCGCAGGGGGACGCCCUCAGCGGGUAGACGGGGCGUGGGCUGCGUUGAGGUGACAGCGAAGUUGUCGACGUUUCUCACUAUUUUGUCAUCAUGUGACAUGCUGGAUUACCCAAUGGCGACCACUACAGUACUCACCACGAUAAAUAGCCAACUCAAGAGGAUUCUUCAAGAGCCCAACGUUACAACUGUUUUGAAUGUGUCUGUUCCUUUCCAUCAUCACAUGAACAAUGCAGUGUUGGGUGUUCUUCUUGGCACACUGUCACUUCUGACAGUUAUCAUGAACCUAUUGGUCCUUUUUGCCAUUAGAAAGGAACGGACUUUACACACAGUUGGGAACCUCUACAUAGUCAGCCUCUCAAUAGCUGACCUCAUUGUUGGGGCUACUGUCAUGCCCUUGAACCUAGUCUACCUGCUUGACGAUGAGUGGAAAUUGGGUCGUGUUGUGUGCCAGUUCUGGUUGGUUAUGGACUAUGUGGCAAGCACAGCUUCCAUCUUCAGUUUGUUCAUCUUGUGCCUGGACAGGUACCGCUCUGUGCGACACCCUUUACAGUAUUUGAAGUAUCGGACCCGAGGAAGAGCAACAUUGUUGAUUUGUAGUGCUUGGCUUCUCUCUAUGACAUGGAUCAUUCCCAUUCUGGGGUGGCGAAUGUUUGCUCGGGUUGACAGAAAACCAGAGUUGGAGAACCAAUGUGACACAGACUUCCGCUUUUUGACGUGGUUCAAAGUUUUGACAGCCAUUCUCAACUUCUACAUACCAUCUUUCCUGAUGCUUUUGUUCUACUCACAGAUUUUCAUUGCAGUGCGAGAACAUUACAGAGAAUGGGAGAACUUUGCUGGUCCAAUGGUGAAAACAGAAGCAAAUGACACAUUACAAAAUGGAAUGCAGUUGCAGAUAACCAAAGCAUCAAAAAGGGAGAGCCUAGCUUCACAUGUAUAUUCUCAAAACGAGGGUCUAUUGGAUCAGUACAGUUUGGAACAACCUUACAAUUCAAGGGACAAUAAUGAGGAAAAUACUGAUACCUUAUCUGAGACCAAUAAGAGAAUUUGUUACAAGAAGAAUUCAAUGUUCAGUCUUUCAAAACACAUGAAAAGGUGCGUGCAAGAGUCCAAUGAGAUUUCCUUCCAGAGCGAUGAUGUGGAAGCUAUCUCCAAAGCCCCCAUGAGUCAUCCAUCUUCAGCUCUUGGCUUUAUACAGUCUGAGAAUAACGCUCAGCCUAAGACAUUUGUAAAUGUGAAUGACUGCAAUGUGUUAGUGCCAAAUUCUGUGGGUAAUAUUUGCGAGAUUGCACCUACCGUGGAUAUACACAAUUACACCACUGUUCUCUGCAAUAACAAUACACCGCCAUCGCCGCCAUCACCAUGGGCAGAGAACAGCCCUCCACUGGAUGCCAUCAAUGCAGUUCCUGUAAAACAAUCUUGGCAGAAGCUCUGCGAACAAUCUAAGCAGAGUAUUCACAGUAUGCGAAUUCAUAAAGAACGGAAAGCAGCCAGGCAACUUGGCUUUAUCAUUGGUGUCUUUAUGGUGUGCUGGAUCCCAUAUUUCAUCACCUUCAUGGUCAUGGCUUUGUGUGAGACUUGUGUUUAUCAUGAUCUUCACAUGUUUACAAUUUGGCUAGGGUACAUCAACUCCACUCUGAAUCCCUUUAUAUACCCACUGUGCAACGAAAACUUCAAAAGGGUGUUCAAAAAGAUAUUUCAAUUUGAUAGAUAA